CCUUCCUAUUAGGUCAUUAGGCCUACAGUCAUCAAGAAAUGACGACAACCUUGUGCUGGCAACAUCUUUAGUUUGUCCUCAAACCUCUUCUGCCCGCCUCUCUCCCGUGCUGAGCCUGGCUUUCUCGUGAAUUAGAAAUGGCAAAUGAAAAGUACGAGACAAAAGAUUCAAACACCACCGACAGUAGUCGUCAGAGCAGCUUGGAAAUGGCUUCCGGCGAAAAGAAGAAUGGCGGAUGUUACGUCAGCGGUGUGGUAGGCGUGGCUUUGACACUGGUCGCCAUCUUGAUCGCUGUCGGAGUGGGCAUUAUAGUGCAUUUCGCCGAGGGGGACCGGGGGCUGGUGUGUAACUGUGGCUCGGGGGCCGGACAGACAGGCGCUUCUUCUGCUCAGUCCGUCUUACAGCAGUGUGCAAAAAUGGCCGGGCGAGGAGAUGAUAGCAUCUGUGGACAAUGUCCAUCCUCCUCGGUCACUCAGUCUGGCCCUUUUAUUGGUCACGCGACCACGCCCCCUGCCACACCCAGCAGCAGGGUCAAGGUGAGAGACGUGAGACUUCCGGACAACGUGUACCCAGAACACUAUGACGUCCGACUUCAGCCGUAUAUGUACGUUGCGGACCCGAAAAAGUUCACAUUCAAGGGCUCAGUAAAGAUCUACCUUCGCUGUGACAAGACCUCUGACAACGUGACCCUCCAUAUCAACGUGCUGACCGUAGACAAGGCCAAUAUCCAGUUCCAGGGAGAUCCUGUUACGAGUAAAGAUGACCCGUCUGUGGUGGGAACCAACUACGACAGGGAGAGACAAUUUAUUAUUCUUAAGCUAGAUAGAAACAUGCAGGCGGGCAAGAAGUACGUUCUAGAGAUGACCUUCACGUCACCGCUCAAGGACGACCUGUCAGGCCUCUACUACAGCACGUAUUACAGGGAUGGAAAGCCAGUGUACCUGGCAACAACCCAGAUGGAGGCCACAGAUGCGAGGAAGGCUUUCCCCUGCUUUGACGAGCCUGCCAUUAAGUCCACCUUCAACGUCACACUGGUCAGGCCUGACAACCUGGUCUCCAUCUCCAACAUGCCGCAAAUCGACAGCUCAGAGACUUGUACAGAGCCUGGGCCAUCCCAGAAUCCCUCAACGACACCGAAUACGCUCUGGGCGUAGGGGCUGAGGUUCUCAGUUUCUAUGAUGAAUUCUUUGGAGUUCCCUACCCGCUACCAAAACAAGACAUGAUUGCCAUCCCAGAUUUUGCCAUGGGAGCCAUGGAAAACUGGGGACUCAUCACCUAUCGACAAAGUGACAUGCUGUUCAACGAAGACGUUUCAAACGAAAACAACAAGGAGAGAGUAACGGAGGUGGUGGCCCAUGAACUGGCUCAUCAGUUUGAGGUGUUCGUGCAGAGAGAGUUACAGGGGGCGUUUUCGUUUGACGGCCUUGUCUCUUCCCACCCUGUCUAUGUACCCGUCUACCAUCCGGACGAGAUCAACGAGAUUUUUGAUGAUAUCUCCUACUCUAAGGGUGGCUCCAUUAUUCGCAUGAUGCGUCACUUCCUGGGAUUUGAAACUUUCCGUCUGGGACUGAAGCGCUACCUGACUAACCUAGCCUAUAGCAACGCUUUCCAUGACGACCUGUGGAAUGCUCUGACAGAGCUACAAGUGGACGAUCCCCCUCACCCUGACCAGCCACAAGAAUCCAAACUUUAAUCAAAGUGACGGCGAUAUCCUCUGGAUGUAUAAAAAUGAAACUAAAAAAACAUUCAACAUUGGCGCCAACAACCUUCCCCCGACCUCUGACUCUCAGGGCUGGAUCCUGGCAAACGUACAACAGAACGGUUACUACCGAGUCAACUACCCACUUGGCAACUGGAAGGCUCUUACUGACCAGCUCAAAGACAACCAUACUAUUAUAUCUACAAUCAACAGAGCACAACUCAUCAAUGACGCUUGGAACCUCGCCAAGUCCGGUGAGCUCGGCCUGGAGACGGCUCUGUCCACCAUUGAGUACCUGGACACAGAGAGGGAUUACGUCCCCUGGGCCGCCGCUAUCAAGGAGACCGCCUACGUCACUAGGAUGCUGUCUCUCACCUCGCUCAACGGGCCUUUCCGGAAUUGAGCCCAGCCUGAAGCCGACUGUGUACUGCUACGGAGUCAAAAACGGUGGUUGGGAGGAGUGGAAGUUUGUCUUAGAUGUUUACCAGAACGAGACAGACGCCUCAGAACAUGACAGGCUUUUGGCCGCCAUGUCCUGUUCUGAAGAACCCUGGAUACUCAACAA